GACAAGGACCAGCAACUAGAGAGGAAGCUGAGAUUAAAAGUUCGAUGUUUUAUGGGCGAAGGAAUGCUGCAUUGGAGCAUGAAGAUAAUAGUCAACGUUCUUGGAUAGCCCCUGAUGAUGUUGCAGGCAGUGACAUGGACGUGGCAUCACUCGAGGACGACAGUGACCUUGAGGAACUCAGCCUCGACGAGGAUACGUCUUCUACCUCGAGAUCUGAGCCAGGUCGCAAGGUCUGUGUUGCUGUUCCUCAACAGAUGCCAGAGGAUGGUGAUGCGGUCCAGCCUUCCACUAAGAGACCUCGGGUUCAACAGUGGAAGAAGGAAGACAUCACUAACCAGCCCCGGCAGGAGUAUGUUCACCCCCGUCCUGACUUUCUGAGGCCGGCCUCUGAAUACUUCACACAGUUUUUUACGCCUGACUUGAGGUCCCACAUUGUCUCUCAGAGUAACCUAUACUCGAAGCAGAGGGAUGUGGUCAGUAACUUCAACCUCUCCGAAUCCGAGUUCAUGGUUUUCCUGGGUCUCAUCAUGUACAUGGGACUUGUGCCUUUGCCCAGCAUAGUGGACUACUGGUCUGCCAAGAUGAGGGUGCCUCAAGUUGCUGAGUAUAUGUCCAGGAACCGUUUCAAGGCAAUCCGGUCAAACCUCCACUUCAGUGACAAUGACCAGGCAGCAGGAUCACAGGACCGGUUCUUGAAGGUGCGUUCCCUCUUCACUAAGGUUACCAAGGAGUUCUUGAAUGUUGCAGAGACUCCUAUGCAAUCCAUAGAUGAGGUUAUGGUUGCUUACAAGGGCACCAUGGCGGGUAACCUUCGUCAAUAUGUAGCCAAGAAACCGGACAAGUGGGGCUUCACACUAUUCUGCCGUUCCAGUGUGGAUGGAUUUAUCCAUGACAUUCUCAUGUACCAGGGGGCCACUACGUUUCAGAGCCACCACACAUCACUGUCUGAAGAGGAGGAAAAGUUGCCAGUCACUGACAAGUUUGUUAUUGCCUUGGUCAAGACCCUCAAGGACCCAGAGAACUCCACUGUGUAUGCCAACAGCUACUUCACAAGUAUAGCAUUGGUUGAGUACUUGAGGUCACAGUAUAGUUGCUGUUAUGUGGGCACUGCCAGGGACAACAGAGUUGGCUAUCCACCCCUGCAGUCUGUCAAGGACAUGACCGAGAACUCGGUACCCAGGGGCACACUUGACUACGUCUCUUCUGAUGGCAUCCUUGUCGCCAGGUGGAAGGACAACAGCAUUGUCACAAUCUUAUCCACUGGUGUUGGUGUGGAGCCUGUUUGUGAAGUGGAGAGGUAUGACAAGGAAGCAAAGAAGAAGGUUCCUGUGCAAUGUCCAAAUGUUAUCAACAAGUACAACAGUCGCAUGGGUGGCAUUGACAAGAGCGACAUGUUUGUGCACCUCUACAAGACCCCAUUCAAAGCAAAGCGGUACUACAUGAGGCUGUUUGCUUACAUGCUGGACUUGAUUAUCUGCAAUGCCUGGAUCCUUUACAAGAGAGACUGUUUGGCAUUGCAGUGUAAACCUAUGCCCCUCAAGGAGUUCCGCUUUGAAAUCUGUUUUUGGCUGGUCAGCUUCAAGACCCUCAUCAGCAAGGUAACCAAUGCUUCCCUUGGAACAAGAGAUGUGCCUAAACCUAAGCGGGGCCAACGUGCAAUCGUGCCUUCCAUAGAGUCCCGCCAGGAUGCCACCUCUCUGCAUAUGCCAAAGCAUGUGGGCGAAAGGCAAACUUGUAAGUUUUGUUCAAGGAAGGGCCACAUUCGCAGAUCCCGUUGGGUGUGCGAAGACUGCAAGGUUGCAUUGUGCCUCAAUGAUGUGAGAAAUUGUUUUUCAUUAUUCCACAAGGUAGGCUAGUAAUUGUAAAUACAUUGUAAAUAUCAGUAAUUGUAAGUAUUUUUUAAAAUUCAUUGUAAAAUAAAUAACUAAACCAUC